AUGAAGAUAUUUGCAGGUUGUUAUCUUAUCGCCGGCCUGGUGUCAAGCUCCGCCCUUGUUGCCGCAUUGGACAGCCAGGCACACCUCACUCCAGAUUGCACUCAUCCGCACUAUACCAUCCAUCUCUUCUCUCGCGAACCGCUCGUCAUCUACAUUGCCGACUUCCUCACCUCCGUCGAGCGGGAGCACCUCCUUGAAGCGAGCGCCUCAACCUUCACCGAUUCCCAAACAGCUGACCAGGACGGUACGCAAACCCUUCGUAGCACUCGACGCUCCAAGUCGGCCACUGCUUCCCGUGACGCUGUAACACGAUGUAUCGAAGAACGGGCUCUGCUAUUCCAAGGAUAUGACACGCCUCGGACACACCUUGAGCCGUUGCAAUUAGUGCGCUAUCAUACCAACGAAACUUAUGAUCUUCACACGGACUGGUUCACGUCACCGGCGCAGACGACUCGAUCGCACGGCGGGAAUCGUCUGUCUUCGUUCUUUGCAUAUGUGAAAGCAAGUGCAGAUAUCUCUGGUGGAGGUACGACAUUUCCACUUCUGGACGUGCCAAAGGACGAACGUUGGUGUGAAUACGUUGAUUGUGACACGCCUUUUGAUGAGGGUGUGACAUUUCUUCCCAUCCCUGGAAAUGCAGUGUUUUGGGCUUCCCUCCGUCGUCUUGCCAAAGACCAUGCAGCAUUGCGCACUGCGCUACCUCCAAAUUACCUCUUCCCAGACGCCGACCAUGGUUCAGCCAUUCAGGAUGAUCUUUCCCAGCUCGUCAUCUGCAUUACCGGCGCUGAGGGCACACCCUACGCCGAAGGAUUAUGGCGACUGCAUCUCAAAAUGCCCCACGACUACCCGAAAAGCCCUCCGAAGGCAACCUUCCAGACACGAAUAUACCACCCCAAUGUUGAUCCCACGACGGGAGCGGUGUGCCUAGAGACGUUGAAAAGAGAUUGGGAUCCGAAGUUAACGCUGAAAGACAUCUUGAUCACGAUAUCGUGUUUAUUGAUUCAACCCAAUCCGGACUCUGCGUUAAAUGCAGCCGCAGGCGCACAGAUCCAAGAAGACUACGACACCUUUUCUACACAGGCGCGGUUGAUGACUCGAAUCCAUGCACCCAUUCCGAAGCAUUUGUCAGAUGCCGUCCAGGAGGCGAAGCGUCGAGGGGAGGAAUCCGAGCAAGAACUGAAGGAAAAACGCUCAUCCCGAGGAACAUCGGCGGAGGACGACACGAAAGAGAAUGCACCUAGUCUGUCCAGUGCAGUGGUCAAAGAUGCCACAUCAGGGAGCAAAGAGAAGCGAGCUCUCUCGGAAAUAGCAUUGAUCGAUGGGGAUGAUACGCAACAACGGUCUGAGGAGAUUGAAGAACCAAAGCGAAAAUCCCCCAAAACGACGCGGAUGUCUACACCUGACCAGACCAGGGCGGUUCCCUCGAGUAUCGCUAGCAACCAUGGGUCGCAACAAAAAUCAUAUGGAGAACCAGGCCAAGUGGCACAAAACAAGGAAAACAUACACAGUGAGGAGCUGGCACCGAAACCAAUAUCAACACGAAAGACCAACACAGGUGCAGGAAAGAAGAAGCUCCCGCGAGUUGGUAUUCGGAGACUUUGA